CAGCAUGGGGCAGAGGGUCGCCAAACAGGCGUGGUCUCUGUUCGACUACACCACGGAGAAGUACGUAGUCACCAGGAACAGGAAGGUGGGCCUCAUCUACCGGCUCCUGCAGCUCGGCGUCCUGCUCUAUACCUUGGGUUGGGUCCUCCUGGUGAAGAAGGGUUACCAGGAAACCGACACCUACCUGCAGAGCAGCGUCAUCACCAAAGUCAAGGGUGUGGUUUUCACCAACACAUCAGAGCUUGGGGCUCGGCUCUGGGAUAUUGUGGACUUCGUCAUCCCACCUCAGGGAGAGAACAUGUUCUUCAUCACCACCAAUCUCAUCGUGACCCCUGGCCAGCGGCAAGAAACUUGUGCUGAGAGUUCAAGCAUUGAGGAAGCUAUGUGUAAUGAAGACAGUGACUGCCCUCCUGGGGAGCCUGUUCUGACUGGUCAUGGAGUAAGGACUGGCCGCUGUCUGCACACAAAGAACAUGACUGAAGGCACUUGUGAGAUCUUCGGCUGGUGCCCACUGGAGUCAGAGUGUGUACCAGAGGAGCCACUCCUGAGCAAUGCUGAAAACGCCACCAUUUACAUAAAGAACUACAUUCAUUUUCCCAAAUUCAACUUUUCCAAGAGCAAUGUGUUGAAUACCCAGGACACACGAUACUUGAGGACCUGUCACUUUACUCCCGAGAACCCCUACUGUCCCAUCUUCCGGCUGGGGUCUCUGGUCAGCUGGACAGGGAACAACUUCAAUGAGUUAGCAGUGAAGGGUGGUGUGAUAGGAAUUGAGAUUCAGUGGGACUGUGACCUUGAUAAGGGACCUUCUAAAUGCAACCCUCACUAUUAUUUUAGCCGCCUGGAUAAGGCUAUUCCAGAAACCACUGUCUCCACUGGAUAUAGCUUCAGGUACGCCAGGUACUACCGUGAUGAAGCUGGGGUGGAGUUCCGUACCCUGAUGAAAGCCUAUGGAAUUCGUUUUCAUGUGGUUGUGAGUGGCAAGGCAGGGAAGUUCAACAUUGUUCCCACAGUCAUCAGCGUGGGCUCUGGACUGGCCAUCUUGGGUGCUGCGUCUUUCUUCUGUGACCUGAUACUCAUGUACUUAAUCAAGAGAGGCCACUUUUAUCGUGACCAGAAGUACGAGAAAAUAAGGUUGCAAGAUAAAAAGUCCAUGAAGGGGAGAGAAGCUGUCAAGUCCGCAGAGCAGCCCGGGAUACAGAACCAACAUGAUGGAGAGAAGAAGCUACUAGGCCUGUCAAGUAAAGGGCAGCUGGACAGCAGUCCUGAGCAUGAUGAACUUCACAAUCAGCCUGCAACUUUGGAUGUUAGCUCCAGUGUGAUACAGCCACAAGACAGUCUGUCAGUGUUCCUGGACCACACAGAAUCUUCCACAACACUCUGAGGGGAA